UUCGCGAAUCGUUGAAUCGUUUGCAUGUGUCUACGCAAUAAAAGAAUUCAUAAUUGUGAAAGUGAUAAGUAAAUGGCGGUGUAGCGACACCGCCAGGUGAUGAAUGAUUGCGUACUUAAUAACAUUGUUGUUAUUAAUGCAAAACGUACGCCGAACUCAAGAAGAUGGACAGAGUACGUUUAAUGCCACUGGAAUUACCACCGGCCAGUAGCAUAAACACAAAUGGAACUGGCAAAACGAAAUCGUCAUUCCUGAGACGCCUAGCACUGGGAUUUGGGCUACUUGCAAUAUUGGGCUUGUUGUACGUUCCAGCUUAUCAUUCUGCCCAAGGGUCACUCCAAGGCCUAGGUGAGAUUCCUAACCCGAGCCCUCCGUGGCCCUCACAACCCAUGGCCUCCGUAGCACAAUUACCUGGCUGGGCAUACAAUACAACGAGAGAUAUCCGUGCAUAUAUACAGCCUGAAAGCAAUACCACGAUUAUUGCCCCGAUUGGAAUUUGCACAGUCCCCCCAUAUCUCAUCAUAAUAAUUUGUUCAUCAGCUUUAAAUUUGAAAACGAGAGAAGCCAUAAGAAAUACUUGGGCAAGCAAAGUGAAUACAAACAAUGUUUAUAACAUGACAGUUGAAGUCGGGUUUCUUGUAGGAGAGAACAACAAUGAAACCUUGAGUGAACUAUUAGAAGCUGAAAAUGCGCAAUUCAAAGAUAUAAUACAAGAGAAAUUUUAUGACUCAUAUAAUAAUUUGACAAUAAAAUCUGUCAUGAUGUUAAAAUGGGUGACGUCGAAUUGUGGUCAGGCCAAAUAUUUGAUGAAAACUGAUGAUGACAUGUUUGUAAAUGUACCAGCAUUAGUGAAACACUUACAAACAAGACCUUCACCAAGCGGAGCUUUGAUUGGGUCUCUCAUUUGCAACGCCAAGCCGAUCGCUGACUCAAAGAAUAAGUGGUACAUGCCAAAAUAUAUGUACUCAGAAAGAACGUAUCCAAAUUAUCUAUCGGGUACUGGGUAUGUAAUGAGCAUGGAUGUAGCUGUCAAGUUAUAUGAAACUGCGUUAGAGACACCGCUGAUAUACCUAGAAGAUGUUUACGUAACGGGAAUUUGUGCAAAACGUGCAAAAUUACAUCCAAGUAAUCAUCCAGGAUUUAGUUUUGCAGUACGAAAAUUUGACCCUUGCGUGUUUCAAACUUUAAUAACUGCGCAUAAAGUUUCUCCAACCAAUUUAUAUACGAUGUGGCAAAAAAUACAUGAUAAGAAUGUGAAAUGCCCAAACUCUAGUCCAGAUCAAAAGAAAGGGAAUUUAAUUAGAAAAGGGAGGAACGCAGGGCAUUACUCUGUUCGAAGAAGGACCAUUAACAAAUGCGUUUGAUCGCUUCAAUUUAUAAGUAAUACUACUUAGUUUGUGAUUCGACCGUGGGUCCAUUCGAAGAUUUAAUUUGGGAUUUAUCCUAUUUAUGCCCAGUAGAUAUUCGUCGGUCCUUAUUCGAUCAAAAUAUCAGCAGUUCCUAUAGAUCGGUAUUCCGAGGAAUUCCGAAGCAAUAGUAUUUUAAUUGACUGCCUUAUUGCAGGAGACAAAACUGAAUUUAUUUGUACGUUAAAAUCAAAUGCCAGACAUUGUCCAAGCUAAACAAUAAUCUGAAGUUUAGACAGUCAAUAUCAUGACCUUAAUCAUUUUGGGCUCCACUAUUUCCCUCUAAUAUUUAAGAGCUCAGAAUGCUCGGAAUUGUAUUUACCAAACUCUACUAUAAUGGCUCAUUUUGUGAGAAAAAUAUGCUAAACGACAUUACAUCGAUAUGUGACGAACUUGUUGAAAGUUCCGGGCACAUUAUGUGACUCUAUAAUCCAUAAUUCCUCUGUUUAUAUCUAUAUGCAGACAAAAUGGUUAACCGGAAGGUGAUUAUGACUUAAGAUGUGCUGGUAAACCAGAGUGCAGAAGUGCACGCCCAUUCUAAAUUUCAACGGAAAUUGUUUUCAAAACAGAUCAAGUUUAUAAUCCUCUUCUUGCACAAGGGUGCUAAACAAAACUUACAUUACAUUUUGAUUACAUCGUUUGUGCUACCAAGGAAUUGUCUAGAGUAUACUAGAGAAAUGUAUAAACUGUUCUCGUUAAAUUCGGAUCCAUCGAUCAAAAAUACUGAAAAUUUGGACUCACAUGUAGUCUAGGGUUGAACAAAAUAAUGUGGACAUUGAAUAUUUUGAUGCUAGUUUCAUUUGCUUUAGUAACAAUUGUCCGUCUUGAUUAGAACAAGACCCUGUAUAUUUUUAUGUAUAUAUAUCCAUACACCCAAGAAUUGUUAUUAACUAGGUACAGUGAUAAUUCGAUAACUUAUUAAAAUCAAAAUUGUAUUUUUACAUUCAGAAUAGAUUUAGAAAAUUGUCAAUUAGAUAACUUCUUUUAAUUGUCAAUAAUAUCUCACAAACUUUAUCAUUGCCUCUAUUUUUAUGAAAACACUGUUCUACCCACAGUUUAUAAUUUAAAAUCAAGUCAAUGUUAGAGAUUAAAAAUUCCAAUCCAGUUGUACAAUUAUAUUAACCAGACGUCUCAUAAUAAUGUAUAGUCAGUCACCAGAAUCAAUUCUCUGAUAUUUCUAGUGUGAUAAAAUUUUAUCAAUAUGACUCGAUUGUCGAGUAUAAUUCAAAAUUAGAAGUAUUAUAUGUUAUUUUGAGUAUUAUACGCACAUUAAUCCAUUAUCCUUGAUGGAAACAAUUCUUGAUUACAGCAGGAUACCAUGAUUAACUCUUUAAUUCAAAUUGUGCACACUCAAGUCUUGCUCUGCAAGCAAAUUAAGUUAUGAGUAAUCAUUCAUGGAAGGAUUGGUGAUCUGUACCAAUCCCAUUUAGUACCAUUACACUAAUGCACACCUAUAUUGAGUACUUAGUUUAUUUCUAAUCAUAUAUUGUACCGACAUCACACGCUUCACGGCUUGCAUAGCCCAACAAAUUUUGUUUCAAUCACUUUUGAAAAUUUUGUGACCUGUCAGUAACGUUAUCGCAUAUUUUCAACAUUCACUUCCUGUCACUGUUAUUAUUGGUUGAUUAGCUGUAAGAAAAACCCUUACCCCUCACCACAUCUUUUUUCACUCCAAAUUUGUAUGGUCUGAAAAAAGAUGUAUUUUUAACUAAUUAGGAUAGUUUUAUGGCAGUUCCGAAGUUGGCUUCAUCACACUUCGGAGCUCCUAGAAACGAGGUUUGAUAUUCAUCAACAGCAUUUUGAUAGACCAAGAUUUUUUGAUAAUGUAUCAAAAUGCUGCAGGUCCGCAACUUCGCCUACAAUAUGUCCUGAUAUUAUCUCCCAUAAUCAUAAGAAUCCGCCUUUACUUUCACGUGCGUCCAAAUAAUGGGUUAGCAUUAAGAACAAAAUAAUUGCAACUGUUAGAUAGAGGGACCUGACUUUGUAGCUAUAGGACUGGCACUUUAAGCAACAAGAUCAUGAUCAACAGAUACUGAACAAAAACUCAAUGAUAUUAGAAAUACAUCAUAAAUCAGUAAUCGGUACAAAACAUCAUCAAUCGGAUAAAUAAUUUCAGAGAAAUAUAGGAUCUGGAGAUAUUCAAACCUCAUAUAUUGUAGUUUGUAAUUCGAGUAUCAAAAAAAAAUAUUUUUUUAAAAGACGUCUUUUUACUUUUCAUAGCUUUACUGUUUGAAUCUAUGAAGAUAUUAUGCCUGGCUCCCUUACCCUGUACGUGUGAUACUGGGGUGCAUAUGCCUCAAAAAAUGGCAUUUAAGAAUGAAUUAUGAACUAACUUUGAAUAAAAAUUGCCUCCAUGUUACGUGAUCCUUAAGAUGAAAUAUGUAUGUACUAUGGCUGAUGAAAGUUGUUGGGAUAGGUCGCAGCAUUAUUUAUUUAUUCAUAUUUUUUUAAUAACAGAUUGCAAUAUCCAAUGCAACCUACAGUUGAGGAUUCAUAGCGUACUAUAGAUAUAAGUAGAGUUAAGAUUUCAAUGCAAUCACUUGACUUUUAUAAUUUUAUGAAUUUGAUAGAAGUAUUCUGUGUUAUGAAGAGUGUUGAAUGGAUUGCAAAAUAUUUAAUUUUUCCAAUUCCUACUGUCACGAUUUGGAUAUCUUACUCGAAUCAUAAGAUUUCAUCGUUUACUUUGUUUGAUUAUAUUUAUAAAUAAAUUAGCGAACUGAAAAGUAAAUGUAUUUUCGAGCACUUGAAUGCCAACCAAGCUAUUUCUAAAAACCAAACGUUGGCGGUGAUGAAAGAAAAGCUAACUGGUUUAAGUACAUCCGUGAAAGACAGUUGCUUUCUGUCUUUUCAUACUAUGGCAAAUAUCAAUCCAGUCACAUAGCCAUAGUAAGUACAUUUUCUUGGAUGUGCUAGAUAAAUUAGAGAGCAUUUGUCAUAACAUCUAUUCGUCUAGUUUGCCCAAAUGCACGUUAUUAUCGAAUCCACAAAGAAAAACCCUAGUGGCCUUAGAGAGUUAAUUUUAGCCUGUCGAAGUAAACUGUAAUCACUAAAACUGGUAAAUAAAUUUAAGGUGUGUUGCGAAUUUAAUAUUACGAUAAAAAUUCCCCGACAAUUCGCAAGUUGGUGCUAUUAUAAGAAUUAGAUAGGAUUAUUAUUACUUAUUACAAAGAUAUCGAAUAUUUAUCCAAGUCGUUUAUGUGACUUUGACGUGAAAAGUUUACUUACCUCAAAUGCGAUAUAGUGUAACGAAAGAAAAGAUGUUAUAUAUAAUUUAUAAUAAGCAGUACAUCACUGAAAAAUCUUUCUGAUUAAACGACAAUGUUCAAACUGUAAUUGCGCAGCCCUGGUCUAGGUAUGUACAAGAAUAUCAUUAUAUUGGUUGACGACUGAUAUUUGUAAUUUCUUUACACACUUUACUAUUGCCAGAUUAUGGAAACAAUAAACUAUAUUAUUUUGGAA